AUGCACCCGCCUCGCAACCCGUGGAUUGCCCAUCGGUGUACCGCCUGCCUCGCAACCCGUGGAUUGCCCGUCGAGAUCUUUGUCCCGUCGUUCCUCAUGUACGGCGGCGCGGUUGUCGUGCAGGGCCUCGCGGCGGGCAGAAGUCACGAGUACGACGAGGCGCGCCAGACGCUGUACGUCCGCGCACUGGCCAACCCUGCACCUGGCACCGUGCGCCGCAUCUGUGUUGCGCUUGUGCCACACCUCAAGGUGGUAUUCCUCGUCAACGACUUCUGGAGUGACUGA